AGAUUGCUGUGGGAUUUUGAUGUCAAAAAACGGGCGCCAGAAUGUUCUUAGGAUUUUCUUAGGGUGGUAAAGGCGUACACAGGUUGGGAAAGAGCGGUGGGGAAAGCAGGCCAUCUGAACGUUGUGAGUCCGUCUGGGGAAAAAAAAACUCUUCGCGAGAUCACAGCGCCAGCCCGCGAAGCGUGUGAGAGACCGGAAACUACAUUUCCCGGCACCCUUGCGGUGCCAGAACUACUUUUCCCGAAAGACCAAGCGAGCUCCAUCUCGCUUUCCGCUUCCUCCUGGCUAUGGCACAUCUCCGGAACAUGAGGAGUCGCUGGGUUUGGCGGCUCCUGCGGGAUGGAGGCAGCGGAGGCCACUGGUUUUCAGCUCCCCGCGGGCGUUUCUCGCUGGCCCUGCGGAGAGAUUUCUUGACCACCACAAUCAAGGAAGGAUAUGACAGGAGGCCAGUGGACAUAACUCCUUUAGAACAACGGAAAUUAACUUUUGAUACCCAUGCAUUGGUUCAGGACUUGGAAACUCAUGGAUUUGACAAAGCACAAGCAGAAACAAUUGUAUCAGCAUUAACCACUUUAUCAAAUGUCAGCCUGGAUACUAUCUAUAAAGAGAUGGUCACUCAAGCUCAACAGGAAAUAACAGUACAACAGCUAAUGGCUCAUUUGGAUUCCAUCAGGAAAGAUAUGGUCAUCCUAGAGAAAAGUGAAUUUGCAAAUCUGAGAGCAGAGAAUGAGAAAAUGAAAAGUGAAUUAGACCAGGUUAAACAACAACUAAUGAAUGAAACCAGUAGAAUCAGAGCGGAUAAUAAAUUGGACAUCAACCUAGAAAGGAGCAGGGUAACAGAUAUGUUUACAGAUCAAGAAAAGCAACUUAUGGAAACAACCACAGAAUUUACCAGAAAGGAUACUCAAACCAAAAGUGUUAUUUCAGAAACCAGUAAUAAAAUUGACACUGAAAUUGCUUCCUUAAAAACACUGAUGGAGUCUAAUAAACUUGAGACAGUUCGUUAUCUUGCAGGUAAGACUGCCAGAAAAGGAAUACUGUCACUCAAUUUUUGGACCUGUUGUUUCCUACCUCUCAAGCCUCAGUGUUCACUUGUCUGGCAAUAGCAUUGGGAUUUUAUAGAUUCUGGAAGUACUACUGAUGAUCUACUAUUGCUGCUGUUGACUUUGUAGAACACUACACCAGGACAGAGUUUCUUUGAACAUUUUCAGUUGCAGCAGAAACUUAUUACAAGAUUAUUCAAAGUAUAAAUGGACUAAAGAGAAGUAUUUUAUCUUUAUUUUGUAUGUUCGUAUUUUAUUGGGUUGAAAAGCUAUCAUCCAAAACCUGAUUUAUUUGAGAUGGAAGGGCACUUUGUCCUUAUCCUUUUGAUAGUUCAUAGAAACUGAACUAAAGUUUUCUUGUAUUUGCUUGAAGAAUUUUGUAAAUCACAUAGAAUUUUGUUGGUAUGUCCUGCAAAUUUGAAAGCUAUAACUUAGCCUACAUGCUUACUGAACUUAACUCUCCUGAUAACUACUGCAGUUAAUUUUUUAUGUAAAAUAAAAGAUUAUUAUAACAAAGUGGUUUGGGUUUUGAAAGUAACUCACUAUAUAGCUGGAGAUUAUUUUCUUUUUAUAAUAAAAGUAAACAAUAAUUUUUAAAAUGUG